GUGGUCGAGUGUGUACACUACGCGCGUCUCGUCCGCCUGCCGCUCCUUUACCUCACAACUACCGAUUUUUGGAGCAUUUGGAUAAAAUCGUAAAAAUGGUGCGCAAAUAAUUACAGGAUACAUAUAAGUGUACUGAAAAUAACUUCAGAGUGAUAACAGCGAAGUUUUUAAGUUGUGAAAGUCUGCCGGAAAGUGAUAUUCUGUUCAUUUGGUUCACUGAGUGUUUAUGGUAACGGCACACACCUGGUCUAGCCAAAUAUAAAGAAAAAAUCAGUUAUAUGUGUUUAAAAUGUGCUUACGAUCUUCAAACCAUGUGAUCUGUUACUCGUAAUUAUGAUGUGUAACUAUGAAUCCUGAUUAGCACUUGGAUAGGCCUAGGGUAGUGAGGAUGUGUGGUGCGACGGGUGCCAUUGUGGAUUUGUGUGACCAAGAGCACCAUGAAAUUUCCAGCAUCACCUCCAGCAGCAGCAGUAGUGUGGAGAAGGUGUGGAAGGAGACGCAACAGCUGAUGGAACAGUCGGAGCACCUUGUCAGAAUUAUGACCCAUGUGUGCUCUCAACAGCUCUCAGGCGUGUUUAGAACCGUCGUUAAGUACUCACAAGGUUGUUGGCGACGAUGCAGCGUGGACGGAGCCGAGGGCGAGAGACAAGGGCCACACCAGCAGCUGCACUCAACGUGUUGUGAGGGACCGUGCAGGAGUCAAUACCCGGCGGGGGAGCAGCAGCAGGAGGAGACGUGUAGGUGGCGGGGUCCCGGGCCCAGGUGGCGGCGGCGGGGCAGGUGCCAGAGUGGGCAGUGUGAGCACUGUAAGAAUAUGGACAGUGGGGGCAGUGCGGGCCUGCCACCCGCCCCCGCCACCCACCACUUGUGCUGUCCGCCGCCCACGCCACCCUCCAGCACCAGUAGUGCGCCCACACCCUCUCCCAAGUGGAGGACUGGCACGCCCUCACACCCCUCCAUACUCACCAUACUCCUCCUCCUAGUCGUCACUUUAGCCAGGUUUACAGGUCAGUAA